CGCUCUCUGGUACGCUUUUAUUUUGACGAGAGUGUUCUGUUCACAAAAAGUUAACGGAAGUUGCGUUGGUGUACUUCCGUGGCAAAAGACAAAAAUGGCAGAACGGGGAUACAGUUUUUCUCUCACAACAUUUAGCCCCUCUGGCAAACUGGUGCAGAUUGAAUAUGCUCUUUCCGCUGUAGCAGCCGGUGCUCCAUCUGUAGGAAUCAAAGCAUCAAAUGGAGUUGUGCUUGCAACUGAGAAGAAACAGAAGUCCAUACUGUAUGAUGAACAGAGCGUGCACAAAGUUGAGCUCAUAACCAAACACAUUGGCAUGGUGUACAGUGGCAUGGGUCCUGACUACAGGGUGCUGUUGAGGAGAGCAAGGAAGCUGGCGCAGCAGUAUUUCCUGGUAUACCAAGAGCCAAUCCCCACAGGCCAGCUGGUACAGAGAGUGGCUUCUGUUAUGCAAGAAUACACACAGUCAGGAGGUGUUCGGCCGUUUGGAGUCUCUCUUCUCAUUGCCGGUUGGGAUGAGGACAGACCAUACUUAUUUCAGUCAGACCCAUCGGGAGCAUACUUCGCCUGGAAAGCCACAGCAAUGGGAAAGAACUAUGUGAAUGGAAAAACAUUCCUUGAAAAAAGAUAUAAUGAAGAUCUGGAACUUGAAGACGCUAUACACACUGCCAUCUUAACUUUGAAGGAAAGUUUUGAAGGUCAGAUGACGGAGGACAACAUCGAGGUGGGGAUCUGUAAUGAGGCAGGAUUUCGCAGACUGUCACCUGCCGAGGUGAAGGAUUACCUGGCAGCAAUCGCUUGAACAACAGCACUACAGCUGCUUACACAGUUCAUUAUUUCGGUUUGGUUGUUCAUUUGAAUGCUGAAUUGAUAUUAUUUGUACAUCUGUGUAACUGAUUUCUCUAUAAAAGGAUGCAUAUUAUCGACAAAUGUUACAUCCUGUGUAUUUCACUGACAUUUCUUUGUGAUUUUUGUACCUGACUGUAAUUAUAAAUUACCUUCACAGUACUGUCAGUGCUAAGGGGAUCUUUCCUUGAGGCUAAGUUCAUGUACAUUUUUCAAACAUAAA